UGUGUUCAAAUCCGUUGUAAUUUUAUCUAUAAUUUCUCUUGUUAUCAAUAAAAUACUAGAUAAGAAUUUUGAUUGAAUCGGUAGUGGAUUAACAAUUCAUUACGCUUGUUACUUGGAUGUUUCAUACGUGUUAAUUGAUUUUAUACAUUUUAUUAAACCGGCUGCGUUGACGAAGACAAAAAAAGAAAACAAUGGUAAUUACACAUCACAUUAGUGGUUAUGAAAACUUCUGCAAGUUUGUGAAUGAAUUUGAAUUCAAAGGAAAAAUAGUACAUAUAUUGUUUUCGGGAUCUAAACUUCCUGAUGGAACUAACUGGUGUCCUGAUUGCGUUGUAGCUCAACCAGCUAUUGAAGCAGCAUUAAAAGUGGCUCCUGAUGACACUUAUUUCAUCCAUGUGGAGGUCGGAGAUAGAUUAUAUUGGAAAGAUCCAAACUGUCCCUUCAGAAAAGACCCUCGAACAAGACUGAUGGUUAUCCCCACAAUGAUUCGGUGGGGUUGCCCCCAAAGAUUGGAGGGCGAAAAAAUUGUUAAACAGGAACUUGUUGAAAUGCUGCUGACUGAUGAUGAAAGUUAAAUUGUAAUAGUUUUAUAUGUAUAUUUUUGUAAUAAAUAAUAAAUGGCACUUAUAAAUGAAAAGAAAUGACAACCAAUUUG